CCUCUUAUAUAUAUACACUCUCCCACUUGUUUUCCGAUAAAACCACACACAAGGAGGAAGGUUGGAAUAGCUUCCAUUCCAUUCCAUUUCUCAUAUUCAUAUUCUUAUAUUUCUAAUUAUUAUUAUUAUUUCGUUGCUCUCUUUCAACCAUGUAUGAGAAACAGCCCCAGUUGAACGGAGCCUACUACGGCCCUUCCAUUCCGCCGGCAAAAUCUUACCACCGUCCAGCGCGCCGCGGCGGAUGCGACUGCUGCUGCGGCUGUCUCUUCAGCCUCAUCUUCAAACUCAUCCUCACCGUCGUCAUCAUCGUGGGCAUCGCGGUUUUCCUCUUCUGGCUCAUCGUUCGACCCAACGUGGUGAAAGUCCACGUCACCGAUGCUUCUCUCACCCAAUUCAACUACACAGGCAACACCCUCCACUACGACCUCGCUCUCAACAUCACUGUUCGCAACCCCAACAAGAGGCUGGGUAUCUACUACGACUACAUCGAAGCGAGGGCACUGUUCCAGGACGCUAGGUUGAAUUCUGAUUUCCUUGACCCCUUCUAUCAGGGCCACAAGACCACGAACAUGUUGAACCCAGUGUUCAAGGGUCAACAGAUAGUGACGCUUAACGCUGACCAAACUGCGGAACUGAAUAAGGAAAAAAACUCUGGGGUUUUCGAGAUUGACGUGAAGCUGUAUCUGAGGGUUAGAUUCAAGUUGGGAGUGUUCAAGACCAAGACCCUGAAGCCCAAGGUUAGCUGUGACUUGCACGUUCCUUUUACUUCAGCUACAGGAACCACGCCGGCGGCCGGUGGCUUUCAGAUCACCAAGUGUGACUGGGAUCGCUGAUGGAUUUGGUUCUAUUAGAUUCGACCCUGUUUUUAUUUUUCUUAUCUUUGUGGGUUUUCAUAUAUAUGAUAUUUGUUUAUUGGUUAGAAUUUUGGAUAUAGCCAUUCUCAUACUCCUUGAGGGUUAUUCAGGGAUUUCAUUAUUAUAUCGUAUGUGCAUUUCUUUGCAUUAGUAUGUAUAUCUAUGUGAUAUAUUUUCCAUCCAUUCGGUGGAGGGGAUUUUUGGUUUAUUGUUUAUGACACAGAUGUUAUUUGUUAAUAAAUAAAUUUAUUUUUCCCAUCUUUUCUAACUUUGAUUUUCCGAAGUUGCAUGCUAUUGCCAUGUAUAUAUAUAAAAUAAACUUACU